UAGGGCAGACCGGACGCUGACAUUGAAUCGGCCCGGCAUCGAGGAAAGCGAGGAGCCCGAGUACCCUCACUGCCGAAGACGUUCUUGAAGAGCCCGCUGCGGGACACAGCGAAGGGCAACCAUGGAUCCGGUCCUCCGUCGCUGUCGUGCGUUCUUCUUCCUCCUCUUCUUCUUCUUCUUUCUGAACGCCUCCCUUCGAACAAACGCCGAGGUUCUCACGCUCACCGCAGAAUCCUUCACGGACAAGGUAAAGGAGAAAGACACGGUGUGGUUUGUGCAGUUCUGCGUUCCUUGGUGUAAACACUGUAAGAACUUGGGAACACUCUGGGAGGACCUAGGAAGGGCUGUUGAAGGUGAAGAUGAAAUAGAGAUAGGACAAGUUGACUGCAGUUUAAGCAAACCAUUAUGCUCCAAGCUGGACAUCCAUUCAUACCCGUCAUUUAAGAUAUUUUAUGAUGGAGAAGAAUUUGCAAAAUACAAAGGCCCAAGAGAUGUUGAGUCACUAAAAGCAUUCGUCUUGAAUGAGGCAGAGAAAGCAGCGGGCACGAAGCUUGAUGCUGAUACUUGAGAGUAUAUGCUGAAAAUUUCUGAUGCCCCCAGUCUGUUCUUACCAAGGGAGUGCAGGGAAACUGAUUUUUCUUUGGUGAUAACCAAGCUUGCAUUUUCACAAACUUGUGUUUUUUUUCUUUACCCAAUCUAGAUAAUCUUAUCGUAUCAGUGAUCAAUUACAGGAAGGAGAUAUCUUCUUAACGUGACAUUGUGUAUUAGUAUUUCAGGUUUGAUAGGAAGCAUUUGCAAUCAAUAUGGCCAGUUAUCAGAGUACUUUGCUAUGCAUUGCCCUAUAUUAUGA